AUGGCGGAAUCCUUGACCCCAGGCGGCAACACCGUCGUCGAAGUCGACGCGCAGAGCCAAAGCGACGACAAAAAAUGGACCACUGCUAAGUCGCUAAUCCGCCGCGCUGAGAAAUCGCAUAGUCGCCUGCCGGGAGUCCGCAAGAUCCCGCUACGUUCAAUUGGGGUGAUUUUGCUUGUUGCACUGGUGAAUGUCAUUGUGUGGAUUGCUGUUGCGGUUGUUCUGGCCAUUGAUCUCAUGACUCGACGACUCCUAGCCACAGGACAGAAGCCCGUAACUGUAGGGGCAUUCUUCUCGCUGGGGCACUCUACCAUCGUCCUCAUCACUUCAAUCGUUGUAGCGGCCACCGCUGCAGCUGUGUCUUCCCGCUUCGACAAGUUCAGCACAGUAGGAGGCAUCAUCGGGACCUCUGUCAGUGCGGCCUUUCUGAUCCUGCUGGGUCUGAUGAACGCGUAUAUCCUAUACAAGCUGUAUAAGCAGAUGCAGAAGGUUCUGAAUCUUGCACCGGGCCAGGAGGAUGAGGCAUGGAAGAUUGAGGGUGGAGGCAUUCUGUUCUCCGUCCUGAAGAAGAUGUUCAAGUUGAUUGAUCGGCCAUGGAAGAUGUACCCCCUGGGUGUUCUCUUCGGACUUGGCUUUGACACCUCAUCUGAGAUCGCCCUGCUUGGGAUCUCGUCUAUCGAGGCUGCAAAGGGGACCACAUUUUGGGUUAUUCUCAUAUUCCCAAUUUUGUUCACAGCUGGAAUGUGCCUCCUUGACACCACAGACGGUGCCCUAAUGCUGGCCCUCUACAUCCAACCAGCCACAAACUUCCUCCCGCCCAAACGCACCGAGUCAACCACUUCAGAAUCUCCUCUCAUGGACUCGGACGAACCAAUAACCCCAUCGCAGAACCACCGCGACCCCGUUGCAUUCCUCUACUACUCUAUCGUACUGACAACCCUAACCGUGAUCGUCGCCAUCGUAAUCGGCAUCAUCCAACUGCUCACACUCGUCCUGAAUGUCGCCGAGCCAACCGGUCGGUUCUGGGAUGGCGUCCAGACAGCAGGCGACUACUACGAUGUUAUUGGCGGUGGAAUCUGCGGGGCGUUCCUUGUUUUCGGCAUAAUCAGCGUGUUCGUUUAUAAGCCCUGGAGACGGUGGAUUGCGAGAAGGCACAACAACCCUGUUGUUGGUAGAACUGGCGAGUUGGCUCCGAGGGUCGAUACGCCGCUAAAUGAGGGGAGGAGUUCGCCUGGGGCUACGUACGGGAGUAUCACAAGCUCCACGCCAGACCCAGAUCCAGGCGCACAGUCAGGAGGAUUCGCACUCUCCUCCAUUCCGCCAAUUUUUGUCCUCCCAACACACCUAACCCUCGAUGCGCUGCACCAAGCAGAAGAAACCCUCAUCCAGCACGGCGCGCGCUUAACCUACGAUGUCUCAGAGGCAACUCUUAUCCUUGGGAAAGUCGGGCAGAAGAAGCGCGCAGCGCUGGAGUUACGGUCGAGGGGUAUUUGGACGGAGGAGGUGAGCGCGCUUCCGUGUACACCUACGCCUGAGCCUGGACCACCCGUGAAACGAAGACGGCUAGGCGACACAGAGAUAGAUACGGCGGCCGCUGAAGAGAUAUACCUGAGCACGGAGGAUGAAAGCGAGGAAGACGGGGUCCGUGGUCAUCAGCCUGCAGCGCAAUUAGAGCGUCCGCAGCUGACGACGUCGGCGAGGACAGUACCCAGCGCGUUGCAGUUUCAGAAGGAUAAGGAAAAGGGGGUAAUUAGGGUUGUGCGACUCGAGUGGUUAGCAAAAUGUACUGAGGCGCAGGAGCUUCUGGCUGUUGAUCCGUUUAUGGUUUAUUGCGCGCGCAAGGUAGAGCGGCCGGCAACGAAGAAGGAUAAAGAUACUGCAACCUCGCAGGCGAUACUUGAUAGAGCGAAGCAGGAUGCUUCGAGUAGGCACCGGGAUGGAGUAUCGUCCGGUGGCUCGAGCCAGCGCCAGCCGCCGAAGCUGUAUCGGACGACGACGUCUGAGAAUGAGGAGGCAGAGCCGUUACCUCCUGCACCGGAGUGGGUCCAGAAUCAUGUCUUAUAUGCAUGCAUGCGAUCUGCGUUCCUGGAGACGCCGAAUGAGCGUUUCAUCCAGCAGCUCAUUAAAAUAAGGACAAUCCGCGAGCUCAAUCUCGACGAGAUAGGCGUGAGGGCAUACAGCACCGCCAUCGCAGCAAUCGCAGCCUACCCGUACGAAAUACGACGUUCAUCACAGGUUCUCGCCCUACCAGGGUGCGACCACAAGAUCGCCAACCUUUUCGCGGAGUUCAAAUCCACAGAACACGGCAAUCUUGCCGCCGCAGAAGCACUCGACAAAGACUCUGACUUCGUCACCCUCAACCACUUCCUCAACAUCUGGGGCGUAGGCCCCAAAACGGCCCGGGACUUCUACUACGCACGCCAGUGGCGCGAUCUCGACGAUAUCGUCGAACACGGCUGGAUUAGCCUCUCGCGAGUGCAGCAGAUCGGCGUAAAAUACUACGACGAGUUCCUGCUUGGUAUCCCACGAGACGAGACCGAGUCUAUUGCAAAUACAGUACGCAAGCACGCCAAUGCUGCCCGGCCCAAUGCAUCUUACGACGGCCGCGGCGUCGAAUGUAUCAUCGUUGGAAGCUACCGCCGCGGUAAACCCGUCUCGCACGACGUCGAUCUUAUCCUCACCCACCGCGACGAGAGCAUCACGCACAAUCUCGUCGUUGAUGUCGUUGCAUCCCUCGAGGAAGAGGGCUGGAUUACACAUACCCUCGCCCUGCAUUUAACCACCUCGCAUCGUAACCAGCAACCCCUGCCCUACCGCGGCGACAGCGAUGGGAAGAAUCACUUCGACUCGCUCGAUAAAGCCCUCGUUGUGUGGCAGGACCCUAACCAAAGUAAUCCGCCUAUCGAGGGAACAAAGAAUAACAACCCCCACCGCCGCGUCGACAUUAUCAUCUCUCCCUGGUCAACAGUGGGGUGCGCCGUGCUCGGCUGGUCCGGCGACACGACCUUUGAGCGGGACUUGCGGCGGUAUGCGAAGAAAUCGCGUGGGUGGAAAUUUGAUUCCAGCGGGGUGAGGGAGCGCACGACUGGUGGGCAGGUUAUUGAUCUUGAGCAUGGAGGUGAGACCUGGGAGGAGCGUGAGAGGAUGGUUAUGGAGGGGUUAGGAGUUGGGUUCAGGCCCGCUGAGGAGAGGUGUACGCGGUGA